AUGGAAAUUUUUGCUGUCGUCAGUAUCGUUACGCUCCAUGUGAUUGGUUACAGUUCAUCUAAACCGGCUACAAUAAACUACAGGCAUGACGUUCACACGUACAUGGAUGUGCCUGAUUUGCAGUACCAUUUUGGUAGCGCAGAUAUAGCAAGUGUACCAAACUAUGAUGUAAUCACUCCGCAGUUUCACCCCGCAUAUCGCGACUUUCCUGUUCAUGUCCGUGACCCGACUUGGGUGUACCCGGCGGAAUUAGAACUCUACUUAGACGCUUUUGAUACCAGACACAGAGUCCAAGCUGUCCGUAAUGACUAUUUGUUUGAUCCAAAUUUAACGGUUACGUACUAUAAAUCGGAUAAAUCAUCUGGAGCCAUUUUUAAGCCAUCUGCCUCGCAGCUGCAAAGAUUUUACUUGACGCGCGUGACACCCGUUAAUAAUGCAUUCGAUAUACCAAACUCUGAAACCAACGGAGCAUUGGCCUUUUCUCCAGACGGGAUGCAGGGAAUUUUUGAGGCAUCCAAUCGAUUAUUACGCAUUGUACCGCUCCGACCAAGGUUCAAGGAGAAAUUUAAGCAAACAUUCGACGUCCAUCUUGAGAAAGAGACGGAAAAUGCCGGUACGCACAUCAUUUAUGAGUUGUCUAAAGCGGAAACCGGUGACGAAAAUCAUGAAUUUGAUGUGUCCUCGAGGAGGAAUACCAACCGGAGAAAAUCGUACUCGGGAAUUCGAGCGUCUUUAAAGAUGGCUGUAAUAGCGGACCACACCGUGUAUCAGACAAUGGUGGACUGGCAGUUUAUGAAGCCGGAGAACCAGUUAUUUCUCGUGUUGGCAUUCUAUAAUGAAGUCCAAGCGAUGUACCGCGAGAGAGUUCUGCGUCGGCAGGUCCGACUACACAUAACCCUAAAAUCCGUUGGGUUUUUUCAAUCCCCACAGAACGACCUCGGUGCUGAUCCGCACGCUGAGCAGUACUUGAAGAACCUCUGUGAAGGACCUUAUAAUCAUGAAGAUUACGACCAUGUACAAGCCCUAACUUAUCUGGAUAUUUAUGAUAAGAACAAGAAAAGAAAGAGAAGAGAGAUGGAGUUCGAUCAGAUAACGUUGCCAGAAGCCAAACGCAAUGACCGAAUACGAGGGUGGCGACCAACGCACACUGAUCCACGAUCGAUCCCGGAAACCCAUAAGGCCUACGAUACGAUUGGGUUAGCUUGGAUAGGGUCAACAUGCAACCAACGCAGACAUUGUUCACUAGUGGAAAUGAAUUCACCAAUGGCGAGCCUGUCCGGUGCCCAUGAACUGGGUCACUCGCUGGGAAUGCACCAUGAGGAGCAGCUGAAGGAGUGCCGGUAUAAUCCCAAGGAUCCUGAUCGAAGUUCCUUCAUGUCGUCCCAUUCCAGCGGUGGUAACCCGUGGGCCACUAAAGGCACAUUACCGAGUUUGACACGUUGUACAACACAGGAGCUGAUUAAAGCGCUGAACGGAGCCAACCGCUGUUUGGUUCGCUCUCAAAAAGACAAAAUCGAACGCCAGUUCUCAUUUAAGACGCACUUUUUAGGCGUUAUUGUUCGCAAUCCUCUGGAUGCUACCGACCUGUGUCGUCUGCUGCUGGGGCCGGUAUGGAUGACCUUUAAGAAGGUGCGCAAAAACCAAAUACAGAAAAUUUAUUCCCCGCCAACGGAAACCGGAGAUGCACUCUGCAGAUCGCUCGACUGCAAAGUAGUAGGCGUGGAUAAUCCGUCCAGGCAGUUUGGCGUCAAAUUCGGACCCGCUAUGGCCGGCACUGCGUGUUCGCCAAAUAAGGACAAAAUCUGCUAUAAUUUUAAGUGCAUUGAUAAAGAUGCGAUUGGAAAGCUUGACUAGCCUUUCAGUACUGUAAUUUGGUAAUGAUAUAUCUGUUUGGUAACGUUUGGUUUUGGUAUUGUACAGUGAGUUGUGCACUCUUUCUGUAUUUUUACAUUAACGUGGUUAUGCUCACACUUGCUCAUUUUGCUCCUUGUCACGGUGCGCAGAAUUAAAAUCGAUAUUCGUA